AUGGAAGGCAAACCCUUGGUGAUAUACACAGAGGUGAUGCCUGGGGUCCCCACCCAGAUGUUCUGCUCAGCCUUCAGCAGUCAUAUCCUGGUGAUGUUGAACCAGAAGAUGGGUACCCUGGUCUCCCUGGAACCCAGCAAUGUGGCCAGUGACAUCAGCAAGCCCAUUCUCAUUACUAAAGUUCUUCUCAGGCAGGACGAUCUCCCAAGUUUUUGCAAAAACCUGGUGACAUUUGUGUCUCAAGAAGCUGGAAACAGUGCAGCCCUCCUUGCCAUGGCCAUGAAGGACAGAAUAAUUGAGCAGCUGAAGGCCUUGAAGGAGGUAUAUACUAGGUGUGGUGACCCUGGAGUUAGAAGCUACACCUGCAGUUUAGCAGAGCCAAUUAGAAACUGA